AUGCUCGCGUCUCGUUCUUCCGCCGGCCUUCGCGCCCUUCCCCGCGCGACCCGCACCUUCACCACCUCGUCCAUCAUGGCCCAGCAGUUCCGCGAGGAGCGCGACACCUUCGGCCCUCUCCAGGUGCCCGUUGAGCGCUACUGGGGUGCGCAGACCCAGCGUUCGAUCCAGAACUUUGACAUUGGCGGCCCCACUGAGCGCAUGCCCCCUCCUCUCAUCAAGGCGUUUGGUGUCCUCAAGAAGGCUGCCGCCCACGUCAACGAGACCUACGGCCUUGACCCCAAGGUCGCCAAGGCCAUCUCGGAGGCUGCCGACGACGUCAUCUCGGGCAAGCUCAUUGACGAGUUCCCGCUUGUCGUCUUCCAGACCGGCUCGGGCACCCAGUCCAACAUGAACGUCAACGAGGUCAUCUCGAACCGUGCCAUCGAGCUCCUCGGCGGUGAGCGCGGCUCCAAGACGCCCGUCCACCCCAACGACCACGUCAACAUGUCGCAGUCGUCCAACGACACCUUCCCCACUGCCAUGCACGUUGCUGCCGUUGUUGAGAUCAACACCCUCCUCGUCCCCGCCCUCAAGGAGCUCCGUGACGCUCUUGCCGCCAAGCGCGACGAGUUUGCCGACAUUAUCAAGAUUGGCCGCACCCAUCUCCAGGACGCUACCCCCCUCACUCUCGGCCAGGAGUUCUCGGGCUACGUGACCCAGGUCGAGCGCGGCAUCGAGCGCGUCGAGUCGUCGCUCAAGCACCUCCUCCAGCUCGCCCAGGGCGGCACUGCCGUCGGUACUGGUCUCAACACCCGCAAGGGCUUUGACACCGCCGUCGCCUCCGAGAUCGCCAAGAUCACCGGCUUCCCCUUCGUCACCAACCCCAACAAGUUUGAGGCUCUCGCUGCUCACGACGCUAUCGUCGAGGCUUCGGGCCAGCUCAACGUUGUUGCCUCGUCGCUCUUCAAGAUCGCCCAGGACAUCCGCUACCUCGGUUCCGGCCCCCGCUGCGGUCUUGGCGAGCUCAACCUCCCCGAGAACGAGCCCGGAUCGUCGAUCAUGCCUGGCAAGGUCAACCCCACCCAGUGCGAGGCCCUUACCAUGGUCUGCGCCCAGGUCAUUGGCAACAACGCCGCCAUCUCGCUUGCUGGCACGCAGGGCCAGUUCGAGCUCAACGUGUUCAAGCCUGUCAUGAUUGCCAACCUCCUCCGCUCCAUCCGCCUCCUCGCUGACGGUUCGCGCUCGUUCACCAAGAACUGCGUUGUCGGCAUCACCGCCAACAAGGACCGCAUCGAACAGCUCCUCCACGAGUCGCUUAUGUUGGUCACGUGCCUUAACUCUACGUUGGGCUACGACAACGCUGCCGCGAUCGCGAAGAACGCGCACAAGAAGGGCAUUACUCUCCGCCAGUCUGCCCUCGACUCUGGCCUCAUCUCGGCCGAGGACUUCGACAAGGUCGUCCGCCCCGAGCUCAUGAUCGGCCCCAAGGACUAA